AUGCUUUUUGCAAGAACCUUGAUAGCAGAUACUAAAGGUGAAUCUAUUUUCAAUACCAUCAAAGAUUAUUUUAAAGAAAAGAAUAUUCCUCUUGUGAACAUUAAGUCUGUUGCCACUGAUGGAGCGCCUGCAAUGGUGGGUCGUCAUCGUGGGUUCAUCGCCUUUUUAAAGAAAGAAGUACCAGGUAUUUUAGCUGUUCACUGCGUGAUUCACCGACAGCAUUUAGUUGCAAAAAACCUGAGCGACCGUUUGCAUCAGUCAUUACGAUAUGUCAUCUCUGCUGUCAACAAAAUUCGCAGUAAUUCUCUCAACGAUCGACUAUUCGCACAGCUGUGUAAAGACAACGACGAAGAAUUCAAUCGUUUUAUUCUACACACUGAGGUUCGAUGGCUCUCCAAAGGCGCGUGCCUCAACAUUUUUUGGAAUAUAUUCGAAUCUAUACUUGAGUUCCUUGUAGAGAAAGAUGUAGAUGUGAGAAGUAAGUUGCUACAAUUUAAGACCGAUAUCGCUUAUAUGACCGAUUUAUUCGCAAAAUUCAAUGACAUCAAUUUGCAACUUCAAGGCGACGAGCUCAAUAAGAUCUCGUUUGAUGACACACACAUUUACUGUCAACACCUUCAAUCUUUGGAUAAAGAUUUUUCACAACGUUUUGAAGAUAUUUUGUCCCUGGAAGUUCCUCAAUGGGUCAUAAACCCUUUUGUAAAUAUUGAAUCAGCAAGACUACAGUAUCAAGAAGAAUUGAUCGAAAUUUCCACUAACGAGAUGUUAAAAGCAAGUUUUAAGAAUGGUGAAAACCUCACAGAAUUUUGGCUCCAGUCUACUAUCAGUCGAAUUUAUCCUGGGCUGUGGACUGUCGUACAAAAAUUAUUAAUUGCCUUCCCUUCCUCUUACCUCGUUGAGCGAGGAUUUAGUGCGGUAACAAAUCUAAUAACUAAAAAAAGAAAUCGACUCGACAUCCUCAAAAGAGGAGACUUACGCCUUCAUCUCACAAACAUUGAACCAAACGUAAAAAAACUGGCUCUGGAUCACCAAGCACAACCAUCUCACUGA